UGUGUACGAUCUUCAAGCGACGCUUCACCCUACUCUGGCCGUUGGUUGCGUACUCGCGUGAUUUUUGCUUCUACUACAGAAUGGUCUGUUGGUGUUAGGGAAUGCUGAUUCCUUAUUGUCUCCUGAGAUACAGAGCACAGCAGACUACACAAAGCAUUUGGUGAUCAAAAAGGUAUGGGCAGCAUAAUCUCAUUGACAAAAACUGACGAAAACCAAGAUUUUAGCACAGAGGGUGUAACCAAAGGUGUUGAAGAUGAUAUACCUGAUGAUGACUGCAUUCUGUCAGAAAAGAGAUUCAACAUAGACACAUUAAGUAUUUUGGAUAAAGUGUGUGAUCGUUCUGUUAAUGGGGAUAAUAGUUUCAUUAUGAACAAGGAAGUAAUAGAUAUAAAAGAGAAAAGUUUAUCAGACUGUGUUACGGCACUGCAAGGUCAACAAAGUGCAGAUCAUGUGAGUGAUGUUUCAACUGAGUGUGUGCCAGCUGCAGUGAACCUAGUAGACAAAGAUAUUAAUAACAAAAAUAUGGUUGGUCAAAUUAAUGAUGAACAUGAGAAAUCAUUUUCAAACAAACAAGAUAACCUUCCUGACAGUGGAUUUGAUAAUACAGAUAAAAAAUGUCAAAUAAAAGAGGGAAGCUGUAAGUAUCCUCAUGAGGCCUCAGGUGAGAAAGUGUCUCAGAUCAAGCCAGAUGUUUUAAAAGAACAGUCAGAACUAAAUCCUAAUGCCAUGAUAACUGAUGAGAGAGUAGACUGCUCUCACAGUGUUACUGGGAAAAAUAAUGAGAACCAUGUUUACAAGAGGAGUGCUAUUAUUGAGGCCCUAAUGAACAUUUUGAGCAGGAACCAGAACCAAUUAGAAAACAAAAUGCCAGCUGCUGGAGCUGCCACAACCAAUGUGAAAUCACGGACUAUUCCAUCCACUGUAACUCUCUCAAGUAAUACUAAAGCUAGGAAACUUGACAAGUCAUCGAUGACCCCAGACAGAUUAGUUGAUGCUGGUCGAGUGAGGAAACAGCUGAAGUCUGGAGUUGAACGCGUGUUAUUACAGCUGGAGAAAUUAAAGGAAGCAUUAAAUAUUUUGCCAUUCAACAAUGAUAAUUCCUUUGCAUUGACUGCAUCUGAAAGUCUGAAAAAUCAGAUAAAAGGGAUGACGACAGCUGUAACCCAAAUGUACCACAUUGUGUAUAACACGCCACAAAAGGUCCUCAGUUUUUUGGACAUACUAUACCAGAUGGCAACACAGCUGAGUAAAGCCGAGGAAGAAAUACUGAAGAUUCGUGACACUACUGAAGAUUCUGUGACGUAUUUAUUACAUUUCCAGGAAACACUUGACAGUUUGAGAGACGGUGAUAUGAAAGCAGAAGAUAGAAUCUCCAAUUAAAUUAAUUUUAUUUAUAAAUGAUGGACUUAAUUCCAUUUCUCACCAGAAACACAGCAUCUACAGAUAAGAAAGUAUUCCAAUUAAGUAAGAAUUUCCUAUCUGUAAUGAGAUCAGUUACCAUUUUUAUGUACCACAUAGAGUUCAUUAAGCAGUUAGUUAAGUUUCAGAGAUAGCACUACUCUCAGGCACUGGCUGCAGGCAGUAACAAAAUGACAUUACAGCUCCAUCUUGAAAAUGUUAGCAUUUUUCCAGGUUCAUUGUGAACAGUGUUAACACUUAUUAAGCUAUAACAGAUCUCGUAUUUUGUCUUUAAAAUGGAAAAGAAUAAGAUCGAUUAGUAUCGCAAAGAACAAAAUUAUGAAUGAAGUUCAUCUGCAGAUGUAAUGAGAAAUUUACAACUGUAUACUCUUUAACCUCUACCUCGUACUUUUAGUUAGCUGUUUUUAUAUGGUAUAUUGUUUAAGAAAUGCACUUAAAAGAGCAUGAAAAUGGUUUCUUUUGGCAGGGACAACUGUUUUGUUUAAAUGUUAGCACAUAAGCCUAAUGUAAAUACCUGUGCUUCAAGAAAUUUAAUACCUGUGACUUAGUUGUAAUUUAUGCAUUUCUUGAAAACAAGGAGAUUGUUAGACCACACAGUUUGAAAAUGAGUACAUUUUACUAAGAAACUUCGAGAAGCCGCGACUUUUUGA